CACACCCUCUGAGAGUCAUCACUGGUCCAACGUGUUCAGUCGGCGCUGCCAAGGGUGUGGCCUGCGUAAAGCUAAUAAGACGCAGUUGUAUCCAAUUGUGCAACACCACCUAUGAUCGGAUGAUGCGGAAGGAUACGUGGUGACGUUUCCCACUGGAGGCUCCUCCGCAGCGAUGUGAGGUGAACACAGAGAGGAGAGAGAGAGAGAGGGAGGAAGCAGAGGGUGAACACUCGGUCCAACACUCAGCAGCAUCAUGGCACCUAUCGGAUUAAAGGCGGUGGUCGGCGAAAAGAUUAUGAAUGAUGUAAUCAAGAAGAUAAAGAAGAAGGGAGAAUGGAAGGCGCUGAUUGUAGACCAGCUGAGCAUGAGGAUGUUGUCAUCCUGCUGCAAGAUGACAGACAUCAUGACAGAGGGCAUCACCAUCGUGGAGGACAUCAACAAGCGGCGAGAGCCUCUUCCCAGCCUGGAGGCCAUUUACCUGAUUACACCCACAGAGAAGUCUGUCCACACCCUCAUUGGAGACUUCAAAGAUCCUCAUUCAGCUAAAUACAAAGCAGCCCAUGUUUUCUUCACUGAUUCCUGCCCUGAUCCUCUGUUCAACGAGCUGGUGAAGAGCCGUGCUUCCAAAACCAUCAAGACUCUGACGGAGAUCAACAUCGCCUUCUUGCCCUACGAGUCUCAGGUGUACUCUCUGGACAAUCCAGAUGCCUUCCACAGUUUCUACAGCCCUCAUAAGACCCAGCUGAAGAACCCGGUGAUGGAGAGGCUGGCUGAGCAGCUGGCCACGCUCUGCGCCACACUGAAGGAGUACCCUGCCGUCAGAUAUCGAGGGGAGUACAAGGACAACGCCACCCUGGCUCAGCUGGUUCAGGACAAAUUGGACGCUUACAAGGCUGAUGACCCCACCAUGGGAGAGGGUCCAGAUAAGGCUCGCUCACAGCUGAUCAUCCUGGACAGGGCGUUUGACCCCGUCUCACCUGUCCUGCACGAGCUCACCUUCCAGGCCAUGGGUUACGACCUGCUGCCCAUCGAAAACGACGUCUACAAAUAUGACACCAGUGGCAUCGGAGACUCUCGUGAGAAGGAGGUUCUGUUGCAUGAAGACGAUGACCUGUGGGUGAGCCUGAGACACAAACACAUAGCUGAGGUGUCCCAGGAAGUGACACGUCAGCUGAAGGAAUUUUCUUCCAGCAAGAGGAUGAACACUGGAGAGAAGACCACAAUGAGGGAUCUAUCCCAAAUGCUGAAGAAGAUGCCUCAGUAUCAGAAGGAGCUCAGCAAGUACUCCACUCACCUGCAGCUGGCUGAGGACUGUAUGAAGCAUUACCAGGGAACGGUGGACAAGCUGUGCCGUGUGGAACAGGAUUUGGCUAUGGGCACAGACGCUGAGGGAGAGAAGAUCAAAGACCCCAUGAGGGCUAUCGUGCCCAUCCUGCUGGAUGCCAACGUCAGCACAUAUGACAAGAUCCGCAUCAUCCUGCUCUACAUCUUUCUCAAGAACGGCAUAACGGAGGAGAACCUGAACAAGCUGAUCCAGCACGCUCAGAUCCCCCCUGAGGACAGUGAGAUCAUCACCAACAUGGCUCACCUCGGCGUCCCCAUCAUCACAGAUUCCACCCUCCGCCGAGGAAAGAAGCUGGACAGGAAGGAGCGUGUGAGCGAACAGACCUAUCAGCUGUCCCGCUGGACACCACUGGUCAAGGACAUCAUGGAGGAUGCAAUUGACGAUAAGCUGGACACCAAGCACUACCCCUACAUCUCCACCCGCUCCUCUGCCUCCUUCAGCACCACUGCAGUCAGUGCUCGGUACGGCCACUGGCACAAGAAUAAAACACCUGGAGAGUACCGCACCGGUCCACGUGUCAUGGUCUUCAUCAUUGGGGGCGUGUCCUUCAGCGAGAUGCGCUGCGCUUAUGAGGUCACACAGGCCAAUGGGAAGUGGGAAGCCAUCAUUGGAUCGACCCACAUCUUUACCCCCACCAGCCUGCUGGAGCAGCUCAAGGCCAUGAACAAACCAGACGAGGAAGUGACAAGCUAAAAUCCUCCCAUCACAUCUCCCUCCUCUUAACCUGAACCUGGCCCCCCUCUACCCAUCUUACCUCCUUCCUUUCCCCACAAGAAUCCUACAUUUAUUGUGUAUGCAUCUUGCUUGAGAAGAAAAAAAAAGACAUCUUAGAUGACAAAAAAAUAUAUGUUAUAUCAAAGAAUAAAAUCGUUGUAAGUAUUCUCAUGUUUUACAAUGGAUGCAACUAAAUAAACUUAUUUAAAAAGGUUUAAAUAUCAGAACAGAAGGCCAUUUAAAACUGAAAGUACCAAAAUGUAAUAUUGUAUGCUAUGAAUCCUGCUAGAAUGUGUAAAAGGUAGAUAUUUUCUCUCGUUUGUUCCUUUGGGUUACCUCCUUUGUGUGAGUUUUAUUGGAAGCGGGUGGAGGAGGGAUGUGCAGUUUGAGAGGUUGAUGUUGUAAAAUAUAUCAUAUCAGUCAACAUGCAAUAUAUAUAUAAAUAUAUUUCAUCAGAGAGGAGUCGCCCCUGCCCAUUUGAGAUGUUCGUAUUCAGUAGCAUGCUUGGACUUGUGUGGACUGUUACUGUGUUUGUAUCCAGUGUGGAUGUUCUGGGAGCCACAGAGUUAGCAUUUAGCUUUUUCCUAAGAUGUUGUGCUUGAAUACUCCACUGAAAACUUUACUUUUCAGUAUCAAACAAGUAUCAAAAUGUGCUCAGAAACACUUUCAAACCACUCUUACUCAAAGGUCUGUCUAUUAACUCAGUUGCCAGUGUUUUAGGGACACCUAGCGUUAGCUAACACUAAGCUAACUAAUUAAACUAAUGCAUUAUACUCAGAAGAGUUUCUAAUAUUUAGUCUUCUAUCAUUGAUAUAAAUAGGGUGUACAGAAUAUUAAAGGCACCUCUCAGUAUAGUGCAAUACAAUUCAACUGUAUCACAAACUGUAGCUUCCAAAAUGACCUUAAAGUGGUCACUGCUGUCAUUUUGUUGAGAUAAUUCAUAUUUUUAAAACUCUCAAAUUUAGGUAAUGUUUAAGAAAUGUUGAUUCAGUUUGUUUGUUGCACAUGUGCGCACUAGCAAGAAAGGAAAGCUGUCUUAUUUGACAGAGAUGUAACUUUUGACUAGACUGAGCACAUGGUUGAGCAGCUGAUAACUGGACUAUGCUACAGGAGUGGUUUUAUAAGUGUCUAUGAAUAUUUUGAUACAUUUUUUCACGGUGUAGCCAUUUUGUAUCUAAGUUAACCUCGGCUGCCGCCCUCUGCAACUUUCCAUCAUACUACGUUGCAGCCGGUGAAUGUUUGAUACUCAAAAUGAAAAUUUUCAGUUUAGUAGAAACUCUUGGUUGAGAGGGUUUUGAGAAGAGAAAAAGCUCUGUUAAAGCCAGAAUCAACCCUGCUGAGACUGUAAAGUAUUCACUCGCCACAAACUUUUCCUUUCUCCGGAGAAACUUCACGUUUUAAUGUCGAAACGGCCGUUGCUUGCUGAUAUUUAAUGAAUAAUCUUUAAAAGGGCCAGUUGUAUUUCAGUAUUGUAUCCUGUCAGAUUAAGUCUUAUCAUUGGUUAGUAAUGAUGUUUAAUUGGGCCAUGCACUGAGUAGUGUUGUGUAUAUGCCAUAUGUUGCUGUUUUAGCGUCUCACUGUUGACUGGUGAUAUUUCUGACUGUGAAGUAGUGAUACUUUUCCUUUAAAAAAUGCCAAUGUGAAGCCACCGUGUUUGUGAUGUUUUAGCUGUAGCUGUUAGUGGUCAACUGGAAAAAAGAACUAAUAUCUAUAUUUUCUUUGUCUGUUUCCUCCUCUGGUGCAAUGUAAACCCUCCAAUGGUGAAUGGCUUUGCAAAAGAAAAAAAGACUUCAGUCCAACUCUUUAUUUUAUUUCCUCCCUCCCUUCCUUAUUCCCUGGCCAAACAAGUUGUAUAUUGCACUAUAAUGCGUUUUCUGUGAUGCAAACGCUUGACUUUGUGUUUAUUUUUUUCUAUUAUAAUUUGCUGUUGUAUAGGGUUUACUCUGUCAAAUCAAUUGAUUUAUAUCAAAUUUAUUUAUCAGAGAAAAAAUAUUAUUGAAACAUUAGUCUGUCCUAAAACUGUUUAACUUAUUGGGAUUGUAUGUUUGCGAGUGUCGAAGCACAAACAAUACUUCCAUGUGUACCUAAUAUGUACUAAGGCUGUCUAAUAAAUUGGCUUCCAUUACA